UCUCAUUAUUUUCCUCGAGACGAUACGAUAAAUACGCGUUUUAAAAUUAUUUUCAUUAAGAAUAUUAUAUUUAUAAAAUCAACAUGUUGAACAAAUACAUAAUCAUUAUAAGGUAUUAUUUUUUUAUCAAUAUCAACAAGUGUAUAUUGGCUUGUUUGAUAGCUGUAUCAAGAAGAGUUUGAUUUAUCACAUAAAUUGAAAAAAAAUUUAAUAAAUAAUUUAAUUAUUAUCAAACUAUAAUCAAAAAAAUAAAAAGGAAAAAAUAUACGAUAUGGCGAGUUCUGAAGAUUCAAAAGAUAAACUUGGUAAUGCGGAUGAAGAUCUACGGAUCUUUGAGACGUUGUGCAUAUCAUCACCAGAUAAGUUUGAAGCUGAUGAUAUGUCGCACGAUGUCACGACAAGUUUAAAGAGUGAAUUGGCUGCAUUGGAGUACAAACGGGAUCGUCUUACCAACGAGCUUGCAGAAAUGAAAAGUACAGUGAGAUCAAGAGAUCAAAGAAUUUUGGAGCUUCAGGUUGAAGCUGAUCAACUUAGAGAACAAUCUGCUCGACAAAAUUCAAUUAUUUGUAGUUUAAAAAAAAGAAUUCAAGAUUUGGAAGAACGUGAAAGAAAUCUUUAUGCAUCACAUGGACGUAAUGAAAUAACACUUCAAAGUUUACAACGUGAUAUAAAAUAUCAUGAAGAUAAACAACGUGAUUAUGAAAAAAAAAUAUGUCAACUUGAGCAUAAUUUAAGUGAAGAAAUUGAUUUAAAAGAUCGUACACGUUUAAAUUAUCAAGAUUUAGUUCGUCGUCUUGCUCAUGCAUUAAAUAGUGAAUUUUGUGAUAAUACAAAUCAUAAUCCAGAUAUUGUUAUUCACAAAGCAGAAGAACUUGUUCAAGAAGUUAAUCGUUUACGUAAUAAAAGUACAAAUAUUGAAACACACAUGACAGCUAUUGAAAUGGAAUCAAAAACUACUCGUGAUACAUUGGAACGUGUAAAUAUUGAUAAAGAACAAUUACAACGACAAAUAAGUGCACAAAACAUUGAACUAGAUCGUAUUCGUCAAGACAAAGAAUGUCUUGAUAUGCAAUACCGAGCUGCUGAGAGAGAAAUAAAUGAACUACGUGACAAAUUAGUCAACACAAAUCGUAAUUUAUCAACUGCAAAUUCAAAUAUUUCAAAUUUAGAAGUUAUUAAUUGUCAACUUAGAGAUGAAUUAAAAAAUCGUGAUGAAAAAAAUCAAAGAAUUCAAAAUGAAUUACGACACUUUUUAGAGUCAUUGGCUGUUUUGUUAAGUGCACCAAAUAGAUUUAUUGAAUCACAUGAAAAUUCAAUAAAAGAUAGAAUACGUGAAAUAUUAGCUGAAAAUAAAGAUCAAAAUAUAAAAUUACAAAAUUGGAAAGAAAAAGCAAAUUCAGCAAAUGAAUCAAUUAAUCGACAAACAGAAUUAGUUGAAACAAGUAUUAUUAAAAUGAGAAAUUUAGAAGAUGAUAAAUCAUGCUUAGAAGCUAAAAUUCAUAAAUUAGAAACAGAAUUAACAAAUUGUGAAUUAACAAAAGAAUCAUUAAGACGUGAUAAACAAACUUUUACAAUAUUUCUAGAGCGGCUUGGUAAAGCAAUGCAAAUGGAUGAAAUAUCGCAAGAAAUUGGCCUUGACCUGCAGACCGAGGCUUUGUUGGUGCGUGCUGAACAACUGGCAAGACUCGAAACCGACAAACUUGUUGACAAGACUUCAGUGGUUUAUCAACUUCAACGAAGAGUUAGAACACUUCGUGAACAACUUCAACGUCGAGAUCUUCACUUGGAUCUUUUGAGAAGAAAAUUAUCUCUACAAGAGGAUGGCGUGAGAAUAAAAUCAAUGCUUCAAGCUGAACGAGAUGAAGCAAAUUUACGUGCAAAAAAAGCGAUGAAGCAAAUAGACCGUUUACAAGUUCAAGUGGCCGAGGAAAAAUCACGGAAUAGAGAACUAUCUGCUCAGUUAACCGAAGCUGCUGAUUACAAGAUUGCCGCAUUGGAAAGAGGUAGAAAAAUUGAAGAAUUACAAAAACGACUUGUUGAAAGUGAAAUGUUAAGAACACGCUAUGGUAGAAAGUUGACAAUGGUUAAGGAUCAAAUACGUACAACAACUGAGAGUGCUGAUCAAGAAAGAUCAAUAAAUGAUCAUUCACUACAAUUAUUAAGAGAUGAAUUGUCACAAGUUAAACAAAGCUUAGCUGAAAUAACAAGAAGAGAAUCUCAAUUACAAAGUUUUCGAGUAUCAGUUGCAAAAUUAUUAUCAGAACCAAUUUGUACACCUGACUAUGAGAUAAUAUCGCGUUUACAAAAAAUGGUAUCAGCUCAUAGAGAUUUUACAAUGUUAUCAAGAAGAUAUGAUGAACCACUUGAAACAAGUCCGAGUCGUUGUACGAGUAUUCAUCCAGUACAUUCUGUUCAUCCACCAAGAUCACCUGGCUCUCGAUGCACAAGAUAUGAUGAUAGUGGCUUUGCAGAUCCUCCUGAUCUUCACGAAAUUGAUGAUGACUACAAAAGACCAGUUCGUAGCAGUCUUCUUCCUUGACCUCGGGCCAAGUUUACCUUUUAAGUCUCACCGACCACAUACGACUUUUUUUUAAAAUAAUAAAAAAAAAAAAGCAUUAUACCCUCGAGUAUUAUUUCAUGGAAUUUAUAAAAUAUAUAUGAUGAGAUUUUUUUUUUUAGAAAGCCCUCUUAUAUUUUAUACAAUGACAUCCAUCAAAUCAUUACUCAAAUCAUCAAAGUUACCGAAAUUUGUUUUUUUAAUAAUUAUUUUUUUAACUUGUAAAGCAUUCGUUUAUGGAAAAGUAAACGUCAGUCAUUUACAAAAAUUUAAUUAUCAUCAAAAAAAUAACAAUAUAGACAGAAAAAAAAAAAUUAUACAUCAAUAAAUAAAUGAUGAAAA